AUGAAUUUAUAUAUUUCAAUUUUAAUAUUAAUAAUAUCAUUAAUAAUUUUUUUUAAAAAUAAUAAUAGAAUUAGUAAAAUUAAUUCAAAAAUACCAGGACCAAUUAGAUUACCAAUUUUUGGAAAUUUACUUCAAAUUAAUAAGGAUCCACAUAUUCAAUUUCAAAAAUGGUAUGAAAAGUAUGGAGUAAUUUAUUCAAUAAGAUUAGGUAAUAUUGAAACAGUUGUUUUCACUGGCUAUCCAAUAUUUAAAAAAGCAUUUAUUGAAAAUUCUCAAAUAUUUGCACCAAGAUUUCAACAUUUGAGUAGAUUUGAGGCCAAUGGAUGUAAAAAUUUAAUUGGAUCAAAUGAUGAAAUUCAUUCAACAUUAAAAAAAUUAAUUUUAACAGAAAUCACAUCUAAUAAAAUAAAAAAAAUGGAAAAUCAUAUAGUUUUAGAAUGUGAAAAUCUUUGUAAACAAUUAGAUAAACAUUGUCAAGAUGGUUUACCAUUUUCAUUAAAUAUGUAUUUUAAAUUAUUUUCCUUAAAUAUAAUAUUACGUUUUCUAUUUGGUACUAUAAAUAAUUCAUAUCAAGACAAAAGUAAUCAAGAUAUUGUAGAUGUUAUUAUCGAAUUUUUACAUUAUGGUGGUAAUCCAAUUAUGUCUGACUUUAUUCCAAUUUUAAAACCAUUUUAUAAACAAAACAAAUUUUUUAAAUUUUAUCCAAUUUUAUGUGAUCAUUUAAAUAAAUUAAUUGAAAAUUAUAAAAAUAAUAAACAACUACAAAAACAACAGAAACAACAACAAAAUGAAGAUGAUGAUGAUGAUGAUGAUGGAACAAUAAUUGGUAAAUUAUUAAAAGAAUAUCAUAAUGGUAAAAUUAGUUGGACUAGUGUUGUUAGUACAUGUGUUGAUGUUUUUUUAGCUGGUGUAGAUUCAACUUCAAAUUCAACAAUUUUUACAUUAAUUGCUCUUGUAAAUAAUUCAAAUUGUCAAGAAAAGCUUUUUAAUGAAAUUAAAAAUAAUCUUAAAAAAAGUGACGAUGGUCAUGAUGAAAUUGUAAUUAGACAUAGUUUAUAUCGUUCAUCAAUACCAUAUCUUUCAUUAGUUAUGAAAGAAGUUUAUAGAUUAUAUUCUGUUAUUUUAAUAGGUUUACCACAUAUUACAAGUGAAGAUGUUGAAAUUGAAGGUUAUAAAAUAGCUAAAGGUACUCAAAUCAUUCAAAAUGUUUUCUCUACUCAUUUAUGUGAAAAAACAUUUCCAAUGUCAAAAUCAUUUAUACCUGAAAGAUUCAUUGAAACUGGUUCAAAUAAUAUGUUUGGUGGUGGUCAAACAAAUUUAGUUCAUUUUGGUACUGGUGUUAGAGAUUGUGUUGGUAAAUCAUUGGCAGAUUGUGAAAUUUUUACAGUUUUAGCAACUUUAAUAAAUCGUUAUCAAUUUAUUAAUCCAACUUUAGAACCAUUAAAUGAUAUAGGUUCUUUUGGUAUUGCUUAUCAACCACCAAUUAAUAAUUUCAUUAUUAAAAAAAGACUUUAA